GAAUUCGUCGCCAAUCUCAUCUUUUUAUGAAUCCCGACCUAUAAUGUAGACAAAGUUAACGAGUGCUGUACGUGUCUCGGAAAAAGUUCCGUGGUGUACAGAAUAAAAUAAGAACCAGGAGGUCGGGAUGAAUAAGCCAUAAGGAUGCUUAAAAUUCCUCGAGAAAAAAAAUAAGAACCAGGACAGUCGUUCGCUUUAGCAGGAACCGUAUCGUCACGCAAUAUGUUAGCGGAAGGUUGAAGUCAGAAUCCGAACGGUAGGCUGAUUAUUUAAACCUGCUCUAUCAGAAACAGUCCGUAUCGAUUUUUACGCCCGGCCUUCGCUAACAAACAUUCUUAAUUCUUCUGCAUUGGAUUGUAUACCCGAAUCCAUAACGAUGACUUUCGAACGCAGAAUAACCAACAACCUUUAUUCGAUCGUGUUAGCGUUUUUACAUUUGACCGGCGACAUCUUCUGUUCUAUUGAUAGUUAUGACAUACGUUAUCUCUACGGAGAGGGGAUUUGUGAUUUUAAGGGCAAUUUACAGUCCGAUAAAUUUGUAUCACUACGCAAUCCUAAUCAAGGAUAUAUUUUUAAGCAAAGCUGGUUUUUGUUCGCCUUCGAGGGAACUUCCUAUUGUAGUUUCGAGCUUAAAGCGCCUGACGACAUGGGCUUCUUCAUAACAGCACGCGAGAUAAAGUUGCGAAAAAACGCCACUGGAGAGUGCGUUGAUACUAUAGAAGUUAAAUAUGAUUCAAAAAAGUACGAGUUUUGCGAUUCCUCCGACUCUUUCAACAAGCUAAGAUCAUUCAGAACUGGCGAGAAUGUGAGCAUAACGAUAAAUAUAAAUAAGGACAUACCGUUGGAUCUUAUUGGCGAUAUGUUUAUUGAAUUAGUGGUAACUAUUAGGCGUAAUUGCGGCCCAGAAUAUCACGUGCAGUGCGAUGAGGAUGACCGGGGAUCUUGUAUAAGUCCAGGUUUUCAGAACGAUGACAUUGUUAACUGUCCUGAUUGUAGUGAUGAAAUUAGCUGCUUGAAAGAGAACCUGGAAUCACCAGUUAAAUCUCGACCGAAGGUUUCUGGAUCGAAUGUUCUUCUUUGGACGAUUGUGGCACUACUAGUGACAACGAUAAUUUUUGGAACUUUUCUUUGUCGCUUAUUCAACCAACGGCGAGAAAUUACCGAAAAUAAUUCGGGCUCGAGACCUAGAAAUGAUGAUCAAAAUCAAACGGUUCAAAUUCCAAAUUCUAGUCUCAGCUUUACCACAAACCAGAUAACGCUGAGAAACGAGUUCGAGCCAAGUGCGCCAUCGGAAGAGACAGAAGAAGAACAACCACCACCUCAUUACGAAACGCUUUACAAGUAGCCAACCAGAAAAGAACCUAUUACCUGAACUUCCCAUAUAUGUAAUGUAUCUGCCUCAUCGUACACGAAUUAUCGUUUUGUGUGUUAUUAUGACAAAUGAAAGGAUUAACAUAACCCUAGUGGCAUUGUAACUUAUUUGAAAACAUCGAUAAUAGAUUUUGAUACAGAAACUCUAUUUUUAAUAUUCCAAUGUUACGUGGAAAAUGGGAUUGAGAUUAUAAAAGAUUGUUUCUUAUUUUAUUUAAAAUUACUUGAAAAUUGAAUUGGGCAAUCACUUUGCUUCGUUUUAAUAAAGAACCUAAAAAAGGUGUAAUCAAGAA